CACUUGCCUAAAUUUCAAAAUGAACCGAGGAUACGCGUAAAGCUGUUUCAGACACUUCUCUCUCUCCGCAAGCACCAGUUCGAUUUCCCGAACUAGGGUUUUGGGAUCUGGAAAAUUUCCCCUAAUUUUCUCUCUUCCCAAACAAUGGGAGUAACCAUCGUGACCGACGUAUGGGAACCGAAUCGGGCGCUAUAUGUAUUCAUAUUAGUAUCCUGCUCCCUCUCAAUCUUCUGUCUACCUCAGCUCUCGUCGAAUUCCAACAGAACUCUCGCUCGCACUCCGUUCGAUCACUCUCUUCCCUCUUCUCUCUUUCGUUUCCAGAGAAGUUUUCUUCUCCUCUAUUCUCUCUCUUCAGGUCUGCAUUUGAUGGAAGGGCUGUGGUCAGUGUUUGGAGAGUAUGAGUUGUCAUAUUAUGGUGUUGGUAGGGAGCAAAUGGUGUUGUCUCUGUGUGUUGGUUAUGCAGCUGCUCUCUUCCUUGGUACUUUCUUAGGCAUGCUUUCUGAUUUAAUAGGUCAAAAGAAAGUUUGUUUGAUAUUUUGCAUGCUGCACCUCUUUGUUGGAGUGUGGAAGAGAAUUAUUGCAUAUCCAAGUGUCUGGUUAGCAAGUAUCUGUCUCUCACUUGCCAGUUCAAUUUUUUCAUUCAGUUUUGAGACAUGGAUGGUGGUUGAGCAUGACAAGCUAGUGUACAGGCAAGACACAUUGAAUGACUUGUUUUGGUUAAUGACAUUCACUGAAUCUGCAUCUUUCAUCAGUAGCCAAGUGAUAGCAAAUUCGUUGGUUGGUAGUUAUGUGGACAAAACUAUGCUGUCUGCUUCUACUGCAGCAGUGUUUCUGGCAAUUCUCUCCAUCAUUUUUAUCACUCGAGGACGGAAAAAAGAUCUGCGAACAGCAUCACUCAAGGAUUAUAGGAUAUCUUUCAAUGCACACAUCUUUGGUGAUAAACGGGUAUGGCUUUUGGCUUGGGCACAAGCUUGUGUUCAGUUCUCCAUUGCUGUCUUCUGGAUUCUGUGGGCUCCCACUAUAGUGGCUGAUGGGCAAGAAGUGCAUCUAGGGUUGAUAUAUCCUUGUUUGCUGGGUGCUAGGAUGCUAGGAAGCACAGCAUUUCCAUGGUUUUUCAGUGGAAUGUUAUCUAUUCAACCUGAGGAUUGCCUGGUGUACGGGUUCAUUGUAAUGGGUUUUGUUUUGUCCAUAGUGGCUUAUGAUUAUCAGGAAAUUGGAGUUCUUGUGGCACUAUUCUGCUUAUUUCAUGCUUGUGUUGGCCUGAUUUUACCUUCACUUGCCAGAUUGAGGACCAUGUAUAUACCAAACAAUUUGCGUGGAGGGAUGAUAAGCCUUUCUCAUUCCCCUGCAAAUGCAGCAAUUCUGUUUUUCCUAUUGCAAAGAGGCUACUACCAAAACAUUGAGAAUUCAACAAUCAUGGCAUUUGCUGCUCUUGGCCUAUUCUCCGCGGCAGGUUGCAUGUAUCUUUUGAAGCGCUGGGGGAAGCAAUGCCACCAAAACUGCCACAAAUUGUGAUUCCAUAUCCUUGUUUCCAAGAUCAAUGGCCAGUGCAGGCGGAUCUAGGUUUUACCAAAUUGGUAAGAGAAGAGAUUGAAGAAAAGGUCAGAAAUGAAGAAAUUCCAACCCUUGCAAAGCCAUCCAAGAGAUCUGCCGAUUAAUUGAAGAAAAAACAAUGAGAACAGAGUUGAUAUUGUAUAUCUCCACUGGAUUCUACAGAAUUCUCAAGUCGAAAGUUGAAGAGUGGAUAAAUACAUGACACUGAUCUCAACUGCUGAUUCUGUUUCUGCGGGGCUCACAUUUGUUUCCUUGCUGCACCACACGAUUAACUGAAGCUUAAACUAACAAGGAUAAAAGGUUUACAUGGUGUGAUUAUCGAGCUUUUAAUUUUGUGGAUGAACACGUAUUGCUGUUCAAGUCUAUAAAUGUCUCAGCUGAGAAGACGUUGCAUGAGAUCCACCAAUUGAGAUAUACUAACCAAGGUGUAUUUUUAUUUUUAUUUAUUUUUAAUUUUUUGUGGACAUUGAAAAUUUUAUGAUACAUGUUUCUUUGCUUGAACUUGUAAUAAUGCUACAAGGAAAUCUAGGAUGUGGCCUUGUGGAUGAAGAGAGAUUUUAGUUGGUUUGUUCAUUCAUUCA